AUGGCUGCGUUGGGAACAGUGUGGCCGCCAUCCCUUUCCUCCAUGUCGCAAGCAGCAGAAAGAAUCGUCUCCGAAGACAGAACAGGGUCAUCUGAGCAGCAGCACGUCUCUAUCUCCAAUGGCAGCAGUCGCGAAGGGGACCUUUCUCGAGCUAACGGCGAUACAAGCAAUGGAGGCGCUUCAGACGAGACAGACGAAGUCAUCCAGGUUGGAACGGAGGUGGAGCGACGGACGCCGCUGAUUCCGGUAGAAGGUCCAAGAGAAGGAGAGCGGUCCUCAGGAGCUGCAUUGAGGCUCAUGACCGGAGUCAAUGAAAUGCUGGAAUGUCCAGUCUGUCAGGAUCUCAUGCUUCCCCCGAUCUUCCAGGUGGCAUCGACUCUUAGGCUCCCUUGUGCAUUCUUUCCUCGAGGCUGCAGCGAGAUCGUCGACUACGCACAGAAGCAGAACCACGAGGAGCGCUGCAUCUUCCGGCCUUUCGCCUGCCCCUAUGCUGGGUCCCCUUCUUCUAGCACCUCCUGUAACUUCUCUGGAGAGAUUGCGCAGCUGGUCUCUCAUCUGGUAGAGUUCCAUAAGGUCGACAUGCGCACCGGCCCUUCAUUCAUCCAUCGAUACGUCAUGACGCGACCGACUGAGGUCGAGAAUGCUACCUGGAUGCCUACCGUGCUGGACGCCUUCGGCAGCUACUUCUGCCUGCACUUCGAAGCUUUCCAGCUAGGGCGCGCUCCGGUCUACAUGGCUUACAUUCAAUUCAUGGGGGAUGAGGCCGACGCCGCUCGCUUCUCUUACACGCUCGAGGUCGGCCACAGCGAAAGGAAGAUGACGUGGCAGGGCGUUCCCGCCAGCAUCCGGACCAGCCCUCGUGCGGUCAGAGACGCUCACGACGGACUGGUUCUGCAGAGGAAGGUCGCCUUGAUGUUCUCUGGGGGCGAGGACAGCGACCUGAAUCUGAGAGUCACUGGGCGCAUCACCAGGGCAGCGGGUAACAGAUAG